AUGUCAUUGACAAGUCUCUUUCUCCGUCGUGUUACUUCACGCUCUCGUCCUUUAUUAUCGCUAACAACGUGCGCAUUCUCUACUGAACUUGAUGUUGAAUCAGGUCCAUUCACACCAAAUACUUAUCUUCCUGUCUCCUUUGAGGAUAUUAGCACUGCCUCGUAUCGUAUUCGUGAUGGUAUUCGACAAACUCCGUGUGACUACACGCCGUUAUUGUCGCAGCGAAUGGGCGUUGAGUUAUAUCUGAAGAAAGACCAUCAGCAAAUGACCGGUAGUUUCAAGGAACGUGGCGCUCGCAAUGCGCUCUUACAAUUGACACAUGAAGAAAAGAAGAUUGGUGUCGUUGCUGCUUCGGCUGGUAAUCACGCACAGGCUCUUGCAUAUCAUGGCAAGCUUUUUGGGAAUUCCAGUCACGUGUGUGAUGCCCAAGAAGCUCGUGAUAAGGCUGAAGACUUUGUAUGCAAUGACAAUAUGGUGUAUAUUAAUGGAUUUGACCGUCCAGAGAUCAUUGCUGGUGCUGGUACCAUGGGUAUUGAGAUUUUGAAUCAAGUACCAGACAUUGAUGCGAUUGUUGUACCGGUUGGUGGUGGUGGCUUGAUUGCCGGCCUCGCGCUUGCUGUUAAGACCCUUGCUCCAAACGUUCAAGUUAUCGGUGUCGAGCCGGAGUACUGCUCUAGUUUUGCAGCGGCUCUGGAAGCUGGCAAACCUGUCCACAUGCCUACACAGCCAACUCUAGCGGACGGUCUUGCUGUUCCUUGUGUUGGUGCCAAUGCUUUUGAGAUCGCCCGAGCCUACGUAGACAAGGUAGUGACUGUCUCGGAGCGUUCGAUUGCCCUAAGUGUGUUGCGUCUCGUCGAGAUGGAAAAGGUCGUUGUGGAGGGUGGAGGUGCAUCUUCAUUGGCAGCUUUGAUCGAUAAUAAACUACCGGAGCUGAAGGGCAAGCGCGUUGUUCUACCGCUCACUGGCGGUAAUAUUGAUACGCCUGUCCUUGGCCGUGUUAUUGACCGCGGCCUGGCUGCCGAUGGUCGUCUUGUCCGCUUCGUGGCUACAGUGAGCGACCGUCCGGGUGGCAUCGCUCAGCUGACCUGCUUCCUGCGUGACUUUGGUGUGAGUGUCAAGGAUAUUUACCACGAGCGUGCCUGGGUGCAUGCCAGUAUCUCUCAUGUGGCAGUAAAAUGCGUUGUUGAGACGCAGUCAAGCGAGCAUGCUCUUAAACUAAAGCAGCGCCUUCAGGAUGAGGGUUACCCUCUAGUCUGGGAGAAUUUUGCCGGUCAUCAGGUCCCUGUUGAGUUCUAA